AUGCAGAGCAAUCAAUAGCAACUGAAAACUUCCAAUUAACUCAAAACUAAUAAGCCUCCUAUUGAUAUUCGAUCAUCAAGAAAUAAUUACGAGUAAUCAGCAGAUAAGUCCCCAAUAAAUAAGUCAUUUAAUGAUAAAAAAAAAUCUAUUCCAAAAGCACAUGCAAUUUUACAAGAGUUGUUUUACAAAAGAUAAAAUUCUCAAGAACAAUUAUUUAAAAGAACCUCCAGUCCAAAAUCAUAACUAGACAACACAUCUAUAAAUAAAUCAUAACGAUCUAUUUCGCCUCAAAUUCUUUACUAAAUGCCUUUUGAGAUUAAAAAAAUCUACUAAUAAAUAAAUCAAAGACUAGAUUAAUAAAAAUAAUAACAAAAUUGCAAAAAUAAAGAUACUUAAAAAUAUAAGACUGAAGAAUCAAAGUCUCAUAAAAAUGAAUCAACAAGUUCUACUAUAAAUGAUUCAGAUGAAUAAAUUUAAAAUCUCAUCAAUUUAGAAGAAAUUGUGUUUACCAUCAUGGCAGUUAUUAGUAGAAAAAAGAAAGUCAUCAAUUAAUGUAAAAAUUAUCUUAAUCGAAUAUCUCACUUCAUAUUGGAAGAAAAAGAUAAAAUUACUUAACAAAUACUCUCUAAGUAAAUACAUCUAGAGAGAAUAGGCAUCUUAGUUAUUCUAUACAAAGCAUUAUCUGACACUUUUGAAGAAGAUCAAUAGAAUUUAAAAAACCUGUUAUUCUAUAUUCACAAUAGUAUGAUUUUACAUCUUCAAUUAAUCAAUCAAUCUAAUACUCUCUCACAAUCUCAAAGAGCAUUGAUACAAGCCAGAUUAAAUAAAGUCAGACCAUAAAAAAACUAUCAAUUUUUAGAUAUCAAUUUGAUCCGUAAAAAUUGCAAUGUCGUUUAUUCACUCCUAGUAUUAUUUGUUGAGAAUUCAACAGAUGAUAAACUAAGUUCUUUGGAAAAAACCUUAGCAAACCUAGAUAGAAUCACUUUACAUUAGGGAACUGAAUUCAUUAAACAGGAAUAUCAAAAAAUUUUAUCUCACAUUGAAUAGUUAAGAUUGACAAUGGAUUCAUAAGAUUUCUAAUUUGACUAUGAAGAAGUGAUAGAUUGUUAUUAGAUACCUUAUUUAUCUAAGACGAAUAGAUACACUUUAGUCAUAGAUUUAGAUGAGACUUUGGUUCAUUACUAAGAAUUAGUAGAUGAGGGCCAGUUCUUAGUUAGACCUUUUGCACAGCAAUUUCUGAAGGAUAUGUCUAAAUUUUAUGAAAUUGUUAUUUUUACUGCUGCACAACAAGAUUACGCAGAUUUCAUUUUAGAUCUUAUUGAUGAAGAUAAAUCCAUCACCCAUAGACUAUACAGAUAACAUACCACUCUGGUCAAAAACACAUAUGUAAAGGAUAUUUAAAAGAUUGGAAGAGAUAUUAAGAAAACCAUAAUCAUAGAUAAUUUAGCUGAAAAUUUUUAAUUGCAACCUGACAAUGGAAUACAAAUCUAAAGUUGGUACGGGGAUUUAGAUGAUCAAGCUCUAUUAUUGUUGUCUCCAUUAUUAAUUUAAAUUGUCUAGAAGAAGAUUCCAGAUGUAAGGGAGGCUCUAAGGAAGUUCAGGGAUCAAAUGCAAAGAAACAUAGAGGCUGGAAUAUCAGAUCCUCAUUUGCAUUUAAGCUUAGAGUGA